AAGACAACAGUUUAAGCUCUUUAAAAGAACAUGAAGCUCUUGGUCAAUUGCUGGUUCUGGUUUGGAUCCUUGUUGAUCCCACUGACGUGCUUGAUAUUAAGAUCACAAGCUGGAGUGGUGGAGGACUUCUCCCAUGUCGAGCGCUGUAAGGAUUUUCUUUAUAUGGGCACUCCGCCACGAGGUUACCUCAGUACUUCUCUAAAAAAGAUCUGCCAACGGUUUGUGGACGAGCCUCGCUUCAUCACCUUCUACAACCCCCAAAAACACAUCCCCAUCUAUUCAGCAUACAUCUUCAAGAAAUCAGAUGGGGAGAAGCGGGUAGACGUUCCCUGGAUGUUUGAACCACAGCUGGCAACUGAUAAAGGAAGCAGUAACAUGGAGCCGUUCCCCCAGUCCACCUUCAUGCACAAAAACUUUGAAGACACGCAGGCUGUGUUAGAAGACUACGCGGACGUGGUCCAGUAUGAACGUGGCCAACUGAACCCAGAUGAGCAUCAGGUAGACCCGCUGGACAAGGCCGCCACCUACACCUUGACCAAUGUGGUUCCCCUGAUAAGAGAGUUCAGUUUUGGUCCCUGGAGCACACAGGUAGAGGUUACCCGCAAACGCCUCAACAACUAUUGCCACGGAAAGGCUUAUCUUAUCACUGGGGUCACAACAUCAGGUAAUAUGAUUCGACGUGAGAACCAAGAUCGUGUCGCCAUCCCAGAGUUCGUGUGGACGGCCUAUUGCUGCACGGAUUACGAUCACAACGCCCCCUACUCAGAGCGGUACAAGUUCCCGGCGUUUGGUGCCUAUGGUCUCAAUGAUCGCGUGAACAACCACAUAGUGGAGGUUCCCAUCAAGAAUCUGGAGAAGUUUCUCAAGGGCAAAAUGGAGGUGGACAAGAACUUCCAGAUCUUUUACAAUGACUGUGUGCCAGACUUGUAAGGAUUCAUUGAAUGAAGGCCUUCAGCCACAGGUUAAAUCAUUAUUAUUUCAAGAUAUCAUACAGGGUUUCUGCAGGUUUUAUGAAGGUAACCUUAAGACGUUUUUAAGACCAAGUAAAGAAUAUUUAAGGAGUAAAUUGAAGGGAACACAAAACAUCAAUAUUAUGUUCUCUAAAUGUCUAAGGAGAAACACAAUGAGUUGUAUUAGCAACAUUUCAGAGUUUGAAAAUAAAACUUCCAACAGAUAUCCCUUACUUUUUAAUUCAUUUUACAAUUAUUCUGCUCAAAGCCACUACAAUAUGGAAAUAAAUUUU